AUGGCGUCCAUGCAACUAGCCAGAGCUACUUUCUUUAGCCUCUCAAAAGCUUUUCCUAUAGUUCGAUCUCCCUCAACUCUCGCUGCUUCAACAAGGAAAGUCUCUCGUGUCUGCUUUGCAUCUUCUGUUAGUCACUCCGAGGGAAGAGAUCCGGUAGAUAAUUCUAGAGACUCAAGGGCAGAUGUACCUUACGGUUCAAAGAAAUGGAGGGAGAAUACCGAAGAAAAUUAUGCUCAAGGAGUUAAAGACAAAGCUAAUGAAGGAGCGAGCAAAGCUGCUGACAAAGCUUACGAGACCAAAGAGCAGGCUAAAGACACAGCCUAUGAAGCAAAGGAAAAGACUAAGGACUAUGCUCAAGCAGCUAAAGACAAAGCUAACGAAGGUGUGAGCAAAUCUGCUAAUAAAGCUUACGAGACCAAAGAGCAGGCUAAAGACACGGCCCAUGAAACGAAGGAAAAGGCUAAAGACUACGCAGAACGGACCAAAGACAAAGUAAACGAAGGGGCAUAUAAGGCAGCGGAGAAAGCAGAAGAUACAAAGGAAAGAGCUAAGGAGAAAGCAGAGGAUACAAUGGACAGUGCAAAAGCAAAAGCUCAAGAUGCGAAGGAAAAGGUCAAAGAGUAUGGAGAAGAGACUAAGGAGAAAGCAGAAGGGUUUAAGGAGACGGUGAAGGGCAAAGCGGGAGAAAUUGGAGAGAAGACGAAGGAGACGGUCAAAGGAGCCUGGGAGAACACAAAAGACACUGCACGGACUGUAACCGAAGCUGUGGUUGGGUCUGAAGAGGACGCGGAUAAGGCACGAGCUGAUAUAGAUAAAGGUGUGGAAGAUCUAACCAAAAAGGCGGGGAAAAGAGCUGAGAAGGAUCGAAAGGAGGAUGAGUUCAUAACAUUUAACUGA